CUUCACUGGUGAGUAGGAGAGAAAUUUUCAAACUCUGGUAUUUCUCUUAAUUUCUAUUUAGCUCGAGAUUAUUGGGAUUACGUGUUUUUGAAGUAAAACAAUAAAAUUGUUGCCCAUAAGCACUCUCUAACUCUCUAGUUUGGGAAUCUGCAACAUGUGGAUCUUUGGAUGGAAAGGGGCUUCUGGGUUCUCAGCCUGUUCCACAGCUGAGCAAGUUUCACAAGGAAUUGAUGGAACUGGCCUCACUGCUAUUGUCACAGGAGCAUCAAGUGGUAUUGGUGUGGAGACAGCACGAGUUCUUGCUUUGCGUGGUGUCCAUGUGAUUAUGGCGGUAAGGAAUUUGGAGGCUGGUAAGAAUGUCAAAGAAACAAUACUCAAGGAAAUCCCCACUGCUAAGAUUGAUGUUAUGCACUUAGAUCUCAGCUCAAUAACAUCUGUCAGGAAAUUUGCUUCUGAAUAUAUAUCCUUGGGUCUUCCACUAAAUCUACUCAUUAACAAUGCAGGCAUCAUGGCUUCUUUCACGCUUUCUCAAGACAACAUAGAAAUACAGUUUGCAACAAACCAUGUAGGACAUUUUCUUUUGACGAAUCUUUUGCUGGAAACCAUGAAAAACACAGCACGUGAAAGCAAUCAAGAGGGAAGAAUUGUUAAUGUAUCAUCAGAAGGUCACCGGUUGGCAUACCAUGAAGGAAUUCGUUUUGAUAAAAUUAAUGAUGAAUCAGGGUACCACUUUGCUAGCACUCUUUGUGAAUCCUAUCUUUGAAUGCUGCUAAAUAAAACUGUAGCCAGACAACUUAAGGAAGAUGGAGUAAAUAUAACUGCUAAUUCACUUCAUCCUGGAGCAAUUGAUACAAAGCUUCUGCGCCAUUACGGCAUUGUUAAUGGCUUUUUGUCUCUCAUUGGUAAAUACUUGAUUAAAAAUGUUCAGCAGGGAGCAGCAACUACAUGCUAUGUGGCACUGUCUCCACAAGUUAAGGGGCUAACUGGCAAAUAUUUUAUGGACAGUAACCUAGCUAAACCAAAUUCUCAGGCUAAAGAUGCAGAAUUGGCCAAAAAACUAUGGGAUUUCAGCUUGAAAUUGACCAAUCCCAAGUAGCUAACUGAUUGAGUCGAUGGCCUCGUAUUAAUAUGAACUAGUUUGGUUUAGGGUCUUUUGUCUGUGGUGUGGAUUUUUAAUUUUAUAUGGUUCUUGACAAUCCAUCCUAACUUGUAUGUUUCUGUUUAUUCAGAAAUGGUGUAGGCUUAUGUUCUCAA